AUGAACGCCUCUUACAUCUUCGCUGCCUUUGUUGGCAUUUUCGCAUCUGUUGCGUAUGGUAGUAAGUGCCAGUUGGGUUCUGGUGACGAGGUGCUUGAGAAGGGCCCUUCCCGCCUUCUCAUUGUCGGCAACCCUAUCAUAGACAUGACGGCUUCUGUUGAUUACUCCGUCGUUGAAGCCCUCAAUUUGAUCAAGGGUGAAUCCAAAGGACUUGUGACCCCAGACGACUUCAAGAGGCUUGGCGACUCUAUCACCGUUCAGGCCCGCACUGCUGGUGGUUCGUCUGGCAACGUUGCUCGCGCCUACGGUUACCUCGGUGGUAAGGUUGCCUUCCUUGGUCGCUGUGGUCAGGAUGAGUUCGCUGACCAAUUCAGUCAGUCGCUUGCUGAGAACGGUGUUGAAGACCUUACCAUUCGCAUUCCUGAGAAAUUCACCACCCAAUUGUACUCUCUUGUUACGCCCGACGCUGAGCGCACCAUGUACGUGUUGUCGGGAGCGUCCCGCACUUUGCAAUCGUCUGAUGUUGAUGAGAGUUUGAUGGACGAGUUCGACUACUACGUGGCGGACGCUUUUGUCUACUUCGGUGAUGAGCGUGUUGCUCUUACUAACAAGAUGGUUGAUGCUGCUCUUAGCCGCGGCAAGGGUGUCAUCACUCUUUUCUCCAACAUGACCUGCAUUCGUCGCAGUGGUGAUGCUUUGAAGGAGCUUGCUGACAAAUCUACCUACAUUUCUGGAAACCUCGAGGAAUACUCUACCUUGUACGGUAUUCCCAACCGUGAGGACUUGUUCCGUAUGUUCGAAGACCGUACCUCAGGAUCACACCCUCAGCACAAAGCCGUUAUCAUUACGAUGGGCGGCAUGGGAGCCAUGGUCAUCUACCAGGGCAAGCGCUACAUCGUGCCUCCAUGCAAGGUGGAUGUCGUUGACACCAGCGGUGCUGGUGACUUCUUUGCUGGUUCGUUCCUUUACGGUGUGUUGAACGGUUGGAACGUGAGGAAGGCUGGUAAAUUUGCUGUCGCCAUGGUCGGCGAUAUCCUUUCUCACAUGGGUAUUAGCAUCAGUGAGGGUACCCACACUAAGAUCAAUGAGAUCAAGGGCAUUGCGUGA